AUGGCGGGCGAAACAAUUGACCGCGUACAAGUCUAUUAUGGUAAACAAAUCCAGUCGAGAGACGAUUUCCAGUGCAGCAUCAAAUGCCCAACGAAAAUACCCAAAUCUAUUUUGAAUGCUAUGAAAGAAGUGCACGACGAUGUUACUGCUAAGUAUUACGGAUGUGGCCUGUGUAUCCCCAGUUGUUUAGAAGGCUGCAGUGUACUGGAUCUCGGGAGUGGUGCCGGAAGAGAUUGUUUUAUCGCCAGUAAACUUGUUGGUCAACAUGGUCACGUGACAGGAGUAGACAUCACCGAAGAAAUGGUUGAGUUUGCUGAUAAAUACAAGGAAUACCAUCGUAAACAAUUUGGAUAUGACAAAAGCAAUAUAAACUUUACUUUAGGUUACAUGGAGAAACUUGGCGAUGCACAGAUCCAAAGUAAUACAUAUGACAUCAUUAUUUCUAAUUGCGUCAUCUGUCUCUCGUCAAAUAAAACGGCUGUGUUGGCGGAGGCGUUUCGUGUGUUGAAACCUGGUGGGGAGCUUUACUUCAGCGACAUGUACUCUGAUCAGCCUAUACCGGAUAGCAUAAGAAACUCAGACGAUGCUGUAUUAUGGGGGGAGGGUCUCUCCGGGGCAUUAUGCUGGACUGAGUUAAUGGAUAUUGCUGGGAAGAUUGGUUUCACCAAACCACGACUUGUUUCUACGUCCGAAAUCAUAGUCAAAGAAGAAUUACAGAAACAAGUUUGUAUGUAA